AUGGCGUUGAGUAAAGUGACAUGGUUUUUCAUGGUGUUCGGUUUGGUGUAUUUUCUUGAGUCGAUUGGUGGAUUCUAUAUGACGAGUGCUGUGGUUUUCAUCGAGAAGCAGUUUCAAAUUCCGUCGAGACUUAGUGGAACUAUGGUUUCGGCCGGAGAUUUCGCCUAUAUUCCGGUGGUCAUUUUUACGAGUUAUUUUGGAGGAAAGGUUGGUGAGGGGAAUUUUUGGGAUAAUUUUUUCCUGAUUUUCAAAGUUGAAUUUUGCAGUUCAGCUAUCAUCUCAAGGGAUAAACACUCCUAAACUCCUAGGGUACAUAACUCGCCCGAAAUAAAGUUAUGAAGUACGGUCGAUUACCUCGUGAAAAAAAUUGUUUUGAAUUUACCAAAUCGACCCUGCUGAACAACGCUAUCAAAUCAGAACUCAAAAAUAUUUUCUCUAAAAUCAAAUGGUGACAAUUUUGCCACGUCAUAACUAUGUUAAGGGCGAGUUGUGCACCCUAGGGUUUUAGCUAAAGUUACUUCUCUUCUUAGGGCUCAAAAUUAUUUUCAAACAAAUGUCUUGUAUCAAAUCCAUUUUUCCACAACAAUUCCAAAAUGUUUUUUCUUUUGAAAAAAAUACUCUCCAAAUUUUCCAGGGUAAUCGUGCUCGUUGGAUCGGCGCCGGUUGUAUCCUCAUCUCAAUCGCCAAUUUCAUGGUGGCCAGCAGUAACUUCCUGUUCCCAGUUGAGAAAACCAACGUGACGGCCCAUAUCCCAGCAACCUUGAUUCAUCAAAUCAAUCGAGAUCUCAUCCUCAAAACCCCCUUCAACUCUUCAGAUCAUCUCUGGCUAGAAACUCUGCAGAAGCGAAUAGACCCAAUGAAUCGCGUGAAAAUGACAUAUGAGGGAGAUUCUGCUGCUGAUCUUUUGCAGAAAUUCGUCGAGUAUUGUUAUUAUAAUAAUGGCACCGAUAUUUGCAAUGAUCUUGAGAAAGGCAUCAGUGAGAAGUUUCCAGUGACAGAAGCUCAAAUUUCAAAUGUUCGCGCGAUGGUUGCCCUUCCUUAUGGUUUCUGCAACUCAAUGUUGAAUUAUGUUCGAGCCGAUCAUUAUGCCUGCAAGGGAGAUCAUUCAAAUCUCGGCCCAUUUAUGAUGAUCUUCGGAGGGCUUUUGGUCCUCGGAGUUGGUCGAACUAUGCCCUUCUCCCUCGGGCUCCCAUUAAUCGAUGAUAAUUGCAAAAAACAAAACCUCCCCCUAUACUUCUCCUUCAUGUUCUUCGUCAAAAUUCUGGGACCAGUUAUUGGUCUUCUAGUCGGCGGGCAGCUCAAUAAGCUCUACUAUGACUUCAAUCCACCGCAGGGAUUGACGCCGUUAGAUCCAAUGUGGAUUGGUUGCUGGUGGCUGGGAUUUUUGAUAUUUGGCGCGUUGUUGUUUGGACCAUCGGUGGUGUUGUACUGUUUCCCGUCGGAUGACUUGGAUGCGAAUGCGCCGGAGAAGCUGGAUGAGAAGUGAGUGGGGUGUUUUCACAGGGAGGGGGGUCCUUUUUGGUCCAUAGUCAGAUUUUUGUCCAUAGAUAGGUCAAAGGAACAUCCUAAAAAUUGUAGCUACCCAAAGGACCCCUGAGCUUAGUUCUAGGUUCGCAAAAAUUCAAAAAAGGCCAAGAAUAAUUUUUGGGAAAAAUAAAAUUCCAGAUAUUUAUAAGCAUAGUUGAUUCACUGAAAGUACAUCAAUAAAAAAAUUAAAAAAUUUAAAAAAAUUAAAAAAAAAUUUAAAAAAAAAAUUUAAAAAAAAAUUUAUUAUUUGGCUGAAAAAGUCCUGAGCCAAUUUUGGCAAUUUUUGAACCUUUGAGAGCCAGAGGUCCUUGGGUCAGGGUUCUUGGGUCAGAGUCCUUGGGUCAGGGUCCUUGGGUCAGGGUCCUUGGGUCAGGGUCCUUGGGUCAGUGUCCUUGGGUCAGGGUCCUUGGGUCAGGGUCCUUGGGUCAGGGUCCUUGGGUCAGGGUCCUUGGGUCAGGGUCCUUGGGUCAGGGUCCUUGGGUCAGGGUCCAUUGGUAGACUAAAAUUUUUAGGGUGUUCUUUAGACCCCAAACGCUGUCUAUGGACAAAAUUUCAUCAAGAUUUGAAGGGUUGAGCAAAAAAAUUUUUGUAAAUUUUUGAAACGUACAUUUGCCGGAAAAAAAGUCCACAUUUUUCAACAUUUUUUUUGUUAAAUUUCUGAAAAAUGAAGGAAUGCAAUAACUUUCCUAAAAUAAACUUAAACUUUAAUUUUUCCAGAGGAAAACCAAUGAAACGUCUAAACCUCGUCGAUCGCCACGUCAAAAAAGACGCGCAAGGAAAUGCGAUCAUGCCAGGAACAGCUAAGGAAAAGUUCAAAGAUUUCACAUCAACAAUCAGCACUCUCAUCAAAAAUAAGAUCUUUGUUGGAGCGAUGCUUGGAAGAAUUGUUGAUGUUCUGGCAUUUAAGGGCUAUUUCGUAUUCAUGGGAAAAUAUUUGGAACUUCAAUUCGGUGUUCCGCAAUUCAAAAUUCAGCGCUAUAUUGCUAGCACUGGAAUUGUUGGAUUCGCGAUUGGCGUGAUGUUGGGCAGUUUUUCGAUGCGCAAAUUGAAACUUCAGGGAAGAAAAGCGGCGGGUUGGGUGGCGAUUUGUAGUCUCGUCGCUGCUCUCAUCUCCUUCGCCAACGGAACAGUGGGAUGUGAAUCGGUUAUCGGACAGAUCGGAAAUAAGGUCAAGGAAUUCGGCACGGAUUUUGACACGUGUCGCGAUGAUUGUCUAUGCAAAGAGACGCCGUUCUAUCCAGUUUGCGAUGUUUAGUGAGUUCGGGAGAGGGGGAGUUAUCCUAACUUUGAAUAUUAUUUUUGCAGCGGUGAUGUUUAUUAUUCACCUUGUCACGCUGGAUGUUUGAUCGGAUGGAAUAAUUAUAGUAUUUUUAAUGCCGAGCAGGGAAAAAUGAAUAUUCCGGUGAGUAGAGGUGCACAGAUUUUAAAGGGGGACUCUGAGAUAAACGCAUGUUUUAUCCAUCUUAAAGCUAUUCCGUCUAUCAUUCUCACUCCGCUUGAGAAAAAAAAUAUAGAAAUUUUAUGUGUGAGAAAGAAAAAAAAAAGAAAAAAAUCUGUGAACAUUUUCUAUUGAUAACGGCGGAAAAAAUUAGAUUCAAACUGUUUUUUCUCUUUUUUGCAGUGAAUUCCCACAAAUACCAGAAGAAACAGGAUUAAAUUAGUGUAUUUCCGUGAAUUUAGAACGGAAUUAUAUAAAAACAUCAAUUUUGAAUGAAAUCUCAUUAGAAUUCGGCAGGAAUCAGUAAAUUUGUGAAAUUGGGCGGUGAUAUGUUUUAAACUAGUUGUUUUGAGCUGAAUUUUGAUAGGAUAGUCGCUCAUUUCUAUGAAAUAUUACUGAAUUCUACGUUUUUGCUUUUCAUUCCAUCAUUUUCCAAACAAACACACUGCGAACAACUUUUUUUGAAAAAUAAAAAUACGUGCGCGUCAAUUAAAAUGUGUGCUGUGCACAAACACACAAGACGACGCAAAACUACACACCACUUUUUCCGAUUAUUUCAGUGACCCCCUUUAAGUUUUAAAAGAUUUUGAACACUUGAACAAAGACAUCGAUCUCAAAAAAUAUUCAUGUUCCACAUACGGUUAUGAUUAUAAGUUUUGUUCAUUUAAUAGGUAGUUAGAAAACUUGUCAAAGAUCAAUGAACCUAGGAAGUGCAAACAUCCAAACUAGUUAUAACCAAAAAGUAAAUCAAUUAGCUGGAGCAGAUUCCAUUGCAUGUCUUGUUGUACUCAUGAUUUGUAGAGCUCUAUUAUCAAUUCGAUGAUUUCUUUUGAAACAAAAACAACAUCUGAAUCCACAACAACACUUUGAAAGUAAAGUUCGAAAUCUUCCGAAAUUCGCUAGCGUAUAAAUUGCAGGAAAAACUAAUGUAACACUUGUAAAUUCGUCGCAAAAAAAUCGUGAAAAAUAGUAAUCUCGAUGAUCAUUUUCUUCGCGGAUAAAAUGCACCACAAUAGCUGAGCAAUAUUUGAUAGUAAAAGAAACGAUAAUCGGAAUAUUCUGAUAAACAAUUCGUAACUCGGCUUUUCUCCGAGUUUCCGACAAAAUGUGACGAUUUUUGUGAACUGCGUUGAUAGUCAAGCCAAAUAAUAAUAUCGAUAUCGAUACAUUGAUCAGGUCUGGCCAAACUUCAAAAUGAAAGAUAUAAGGAAUUAUUUCCCUAUAUUUAUCGGCACAAGCAGAGUGUGGUAUCUCGCCGGUGAUCCAAUAGAAAAGAGCACAUUUCUCUAUAGGAAAACUGUAUAUAAAUGAAACAAUGAUAUAGGAAAAAAUGACAAGAUGAGUCAUGAUUAAAAAAAAGAUUAACCAUUUUCCGUGAACAAAUUUAACCAGCUUUUGAAUAUCCGAAAUAACAACAAAUCUCUGAAUUGAUAUUAAUAGCAAAAAACAAGUUCCAGUUAGGUGCUUUGGACCAAUUUUUAACAUAAAUCCAAUGAUAAGAAUAGAAUAUGUCUUAUUAUUCAAGCGAAGUGCAAUGUAAAAAGAGGCAAAAACCAUUAUCAUAAAAACAUAGUUAGCUAAUAUAUGAACAAAUAUCGCUUUAUAAAUUGGAUAUAUAUAGGAUUUUUUUUCUUCUUUUGGAGUUUUCAAAAACAAAAUAAUGUAAGGUAUCGUCAUAUAUUUCAAAAAAACCAUAUAAUAAUAGCAGAUAUCUUCGAUAAUCAUUUAUUUUUGGAGAGUGAAUGUGAUAUUUGAGACAAAUUAUUUUUCAUAAGUACAUAGACUGUGAUAAAUGUCAGAAAAUCACAUAUAUUUCUCUAUAAUUUCCAGUCAAAAAAAAUUACGAAAGGUCUCUUACACCUCCUCUCAAACCUCCAAAUGUUUCAGGUCUUCCAAAACUGCGAUUGUGUCGAAGGUCGUCUCAAAGAAGUGAGUCGAACCUAUUGCAAAACCGACGAAUGCGAAUCACAAUUCAACCGUUUCUUCAUGCACCAAGCUCUCGGAGCCAUCUUCGGUGGCCUUGCCGUAGUUCCCGGAAUGCUCAUUGUUCUCCGCGCAGUUCCACCCGAGCAUCGAAGUGUCUCGCUAGGUUUCAACGGAUUUUUAGUGAGCUUGCUGGCAACGUUGCCAUCUCCAAUUAUUUGGGGAAAAAUCAUCGAUUUAUCGUGUCUGGUUUGGCAAAAAACUUGCGAUGGUCAUGGAAGUUGCAGCAUCUACGAUACUGAUGAAUUACGAGUUAGACUUCAUUUGAUCUACGGAGGACUUCGCAUUUUCUCACUAUUAUCCGAUAUUUGGGUAUUCAUCUGGGCCAAAGGCCUGAAACUCAUUGAAGAGCCCGAUGAGCCGCCGGCGGAAGAAGAAGCCGAAGAGGUUCCGAAACGCAAGGAAACUCUGCAAAAUGCGGCGGAACGUGUCGAACGAACAGCUCAUGAGUUAGAGCAACUUAUUGAUAGUCGAGGAAGUUAA